UGGGUGUGGUUGUAUAUAUAGGUGGGUGAGGUUUGGUGCUUGGGCUCAUGACAUGUAACUCGCAAGUUGGUAAGAUUUUUGUUUUUUUACUCCAAGAGAAAAUUAGGGUUUCUCUCUCUCUCUCUCUCUCUCUCUCUCUCUAUCUGUAUGGGGAGGCAGCCGUGUUGCGACAAGCUGGGGGUGAAGAAGGGGCCUUGGACGGCGGAGGAGGACAAGAAGCUGAUAAGCUUCAUGGUAAGGAGCGGGCAAUGCUGCUGGAGGGCGGUGCCGAAGCUCGCCGGGCUCCGCCGCUGCGGGAAGAGCUGCCGUCUCCGGUGGACUAACUACCUCCGUCCCGAUCUCAAGAGAGGCCUCCUCUCCGAUUCCGAGGAACAGCUCGUCAUCGACCUCCAUUCCCAUCUCGGCAACAGGUGGUCCAAGAUUGCUUCAAGAUUGCCCGGAAGGACGGAUAACGAGAUAAAGAACCACUGGAACACCCAUAUCAAGAAGAAACUUCUCAAGAUGGGAAUCGAUCCGAUGACCCAUCAACCUCUAAACAAAGAACCUAACGAUCAUAAAAACAUCGAAAAUUCCGACAAAAUUUCGCCGAAAACCGACGAAAAUCGCUCGGAACCGAAGACGAGUGACACCAAGAGCAUAGAGACCGAUAUCUCGACGGCGAACAGCAGCAUCGAUCAAAACAGUUCGACGGACGAUUCUCGACCAUUCGGUUCCAUUAACGACGAUGAAGAUCUGUUUAAUAGCCUGUGGAGCGAUGAACCCUUUUCGUUUGAUACAAUAUCGUGGAGCAAUAACGGCGGCGGAGGAGGAAACAGUGUCGCCGCCGCCGGCGGAGAUUUUCCGGCGUGGACGCCGGAGGAAAUGAACGGAGACCACGACCGGAUGUUUUUGGAUUAUUGCCAAGAUUUCGGGGUUCAAGAUUUUGGAUUCGGAUGCUUCCAUGAGAUUGGACUGAGUUCCAUAGAGAUGAAUGGCAAGCUUUAGCAAUCUGCAUACAUAUGACACAUACGCAUAUACAUAUACAUGUGUAUAUAAAUUUAUACGUAUAUAUAUAUAUAUAUGUAGAUAUAUCAUGAUAGUGACAUUAAAACUAUGCAAGAAGAUCAUGUAAAGCAUCAAUUGUGCGCCAUGGUUUUCGAUAUCACUUUUUUAGGUAUGGUGUUUCACAUGUAAUCUUUUUAUUUUUUUUUUUUGAAUUUUCUUUUUGUUUGUAUAUAUUAAUAUUAAUAAUGUUAUAUGUUUUA